AUGAUGGCCAGGGCCGCGGACAGGUCUGAAUUACCACUUGAAGCAUUUUCAUUACACGGCACACGAAGCGCCGUUGCUCCAGUGUUAAAAAGUGCUCCAUGUCCAGUCGGAAGGAACCUGCCCCACCAGCGCCCGCCGUUCGGGCUGAGUUUCGCGCACCGCCGGCGGCGCGCGCUCGCACAAGUACGGGUUAUCCACAAACACAUAGGGCGCAGAAAUGUGCUCGCCCGCGCGGUGGUUCAAGGCGUGCACGAGCCUCUGGUAGUUGGCGCCGCACGUUUUGCACACUUUGCACGCGCGGAAGCGCGGCCCGCCCAUUCCGCCCCACUGGGCGCGGUUGCGCAAUAUCGGCACCACGAGCCGCGCCCGCGCGUCCAUCAUCACGCGCGCCUCGUCGUCGAGCGAAUACAGCCCCGACGCCCCCAGCGACCCGCUGUCGGUGCGCGCGCGCGCCUCGGGCUCCACAUAGUACACUUCCGCACUGGCAAACAAGCAGUCCAGACACACCAACUGGCCGCAAAAACGGCAGUGGUGGCGGCGGCGGCUCGGGCGGAACGCGCUGAAGCCGCCAAAACAUCGCAUACAGUGGUUGCUGGCGCGGUUGGGCAUCCAGUGCGACCGCGUAGGCUCGGCGCACAUGCCGCUGUCGCCCGCGCUGUCGGCCGUGUUUUGGGGCACCUCGAUCGCGCCAAGUUCGGGCAGCGCCAGCGCCAGCCCGUCCGGGGUCUCGAUGGGCCGCAAAACGGCCGGGGUGCACAAGGGUUUCUUAAGCCCGUACACCAGCUGGAGCGUACUGCUGCUGCUGUCGCCGCUGCCGGUGGCGCUUGUGUUUGCGCUUGCGUCGAUUCCUGCCUUCUUUUCGUUUUCGCUUGUGGUGGUGUUUGUUUGAAGGUUGGCGAGCGCGCGCAUCAAUGUCUGGUGGUCAGUAGGCAGCGGCAGCGCUUUUUCCAGGUCGCGGCGCGGGCCCAUAUCGAGCGCGGCCGGAAGAUAGACGGCGCCCGAGACGCCCGAGUCGUUCAGAGAAAUGGAAAAACGCGCGCCAUCGGAAAACUGGGUCUCGUUACCUUCAGACUUCUCCCGUUGCUUUGUCUGAACAGACGUAAACAGCGAUUCCCGCCCAAACAGCGGCGCAGGGCCAAACAGUGGCGCACGCCCAAACAGCGGCGCGCGCCCAAACUCUUGUGGCUUGUGCGUGUAGUGCGACGCUACCGACAUUCGGGGCGCGCGGAUCUGCUCGUCGUAGUCGGUCGUGUUGAGGCUCGGCUUGUCGAGGUCACGGCACUCUUUUUCGGGCGACGCCUUGAGCAUCAGCGAAAGAGGCGGGUGUGUGAUGGGUUUUUUCGAAAAUGA